CGGGACCGCCGCUGUCCGACGGCUGGCGAGUCGGUAUAUAGAGCGGUGCGCGACUCGGCCUGGACCAGUGCGCGAGUGGGGCGUGAAGUUUGCGCGUGUGGUGUGUGAGAGACUCGAGAGGCGCUCAAUAUGCCGCCGCCCGGCUUGUCCCGUAGGGAGCAACUGCAGGCGCGAAUCAAGGAGCUCAUCGAGUCCAGCGGCGUCUUGGUGUUCAGCAAGAGCUACUGUCCGUACUGCGUGACGGUCAAGGAUCUGUUCCAAGAACUGAACGUGAAGUGCAAUGUGGUGGAGCUGGACUUGAUGGAGGAUGGCCCAGAAUACCAAGAAGUACUGCUUGAAAUGACGGGUCAGAGGACUGUCCCAAAUGUCUUUGUCAACAAGACCCAUGUUGGAGGCUGUGAUAAAACAAUGCAGGCUCACAGUGAUGGCCUUCUGCAGAAGCUGUUGACUGGAGAUAAGGAGGACUAUGAGUAUGACCUUAUUGUGAUUGGAGGUGGUUCAGGGGGACUGGCCUGUUCCAAGGAAGCAGCAGCACUGGGCAAAAAGGCAAUGGUCCUGGAUUAUGUGGUCCCCACACCAAAGGGAACCACCUGGGGUCUAGGAGGCACAUGUGUCAAUGUGGGCUGCAUCCCCAAGAAGCUCAUGCACCAGACAGCCCUGUUGGGCACUGCACUGCAGGAUUCUCGCAAGUUCGGCUGGGAGUUUGACGAGACGGUGAAACACAACUGGGACACAAUGAAGACGGCUGUGAACAACUACAUUGCCUCCCUCAACUGGGGCUACAGGGUUCAGCUACGGGACAAGAACGUCACCUACAUGAACUCAUACGCAGAGUUUGUUGAGCCUCAUAAAAUCAAGGCAACAAACAAGCGAGGCAAGGAGACCUUCCACACAGCUGCUAAGUUUGUGUUGGCAACUGGAGAACGUCCACGUUACUUAGGCAUCCCAGGAGAAAAGGAGUGCUGCAUCACCAGCGAUGAUCUGUUCUCCUUGCCCUACUGCCCUGGUAAGACACUGGUAGUGGGGGCAUCCUAUGUGGCCCUGGAGUGUGGGGGCUUCCUGGCAGGUCUUGGCUUAGAUGUUACCAUCAUGGUGCGAUCCAUCCUGUUGCGCGGCUUUGACCAGGACAUGGCCAACCGUGCUGGUGCCCACAUGGAGGAACAUGGGGUCAAAUUCAUACGACGGUUUGUCCCCACCAAGGUGGAGGAACUAGAGAAGGGUGAACCAGGAAGGCUAAAGGUAACAGCUAAGUCCACUGAGACAGACGAGGUUAUUGAGGGAGAGUACAACACAGUCUUGAUAGCAGUGGGUCGGAAUGCCUGCACAAGCAAAAUCGGCUUAGAUAAAGCUGGGGUCAAAGUCAAUGAGAAGAAUGGUAAGAUCCCGGUCAACGAUGAAGAACAGACCAAUGUUCCACACAUCUACGCCAUUGGGGACAUUCUAGAGGGCAAGUUGGAGCUAACUCCUGUUGCUAUCCAGGCCGGGAAGCUGCUGGCCCGCCGACUCUUUGGAGGUUCCUCGGUUAAGUGUGACUAUGUGAACGUUCCCACCACGGUGUUUACACCACUGGAGUAUGGCUCUUGCGGACUCUCGGAAGAGAAGGCUACUGAGCUCUACGGGCAGGACAACAUUGAGGUCUUUCACACCCUGUUCUGGCCGCUGGAGUUCACUGUUCCAAACAGGGACAAUAACAAGUGCUAUGCUAAGAUCAUCUGCAAUAAGCUGGACAGUGACCGAGUGGUGGGCUUCCACUAUCUGGGCCCCAAUGCAGGGGAAGUGACCCAGGGUUUUGGAGCAGCCAUUAAGUGUGGUCUGACAAAGGAACAGUUGGACAGCACUAUCGGUAUCCACCCCACAUGCGCAGAGAUCUUUACUACCAUGCAUGUGACAAAGCAAUCUGGAGAAGAUGUCACACAGGCUGGCUGCUGAGGUUAAACCCUGCUGGUUUAACAGGCUGUCCUCCUUCCUACAUUUCGCUGCUUUUCCUCUUCUCUGCCAGUACAUCAAGGUGGGCCCUUUAACGUUUGACUCUUAACGCUGCUUCUCAGGUUAAAUCAACAAAUCUGCAGUAUCACAGGAUACACGAAAGGUAGAACAAAUGUCAAAAUCCCGAUGGCUAAACAUGCCUAUGGCCUAGCGGCAGUGAGAACUGAGGAGAUGCUUCCAGAACAGCCUGUUAAACAGCGGGGUUACUCGGCUCCUUUUGAAACACCCUGUCUCACUCGGAGAGACUGUCCCAGUGCUGUGUGACGUCUUGGCCCUUAACCCAGCCACUGCGGUGGGCCUGGACUGAUGUUUUCUGAGCAGAGACGGGUCAGCCUCGACAUCCAAGUCCCUUACUUCCCGCUUGUGACAGACCGAGCUGCGAGUGCACAAGCAGAAUACAACUGAAUAUUAUGAUUGUGGUGUGGUUUUGCAGCCCCUGCCCUCGAGGCGUGAAAGAAUGCUGUUUGAGAUUUGUGUAUUCAAUGGACUGUUAAUCUUGUACAAUGUCUUUCUUGUCAAUAUUUCGACAUGCACACAAUUAUUCAAAGCAUUCCUCCUCGUACUUCCUGGGAAGUAUGAAGUGUCCUUUCGGUUUGCUUUCCAGCCAUUUCAGUCUGGCACCACUUGAUUCUUCUGUAUUGGAGUGGCAAUAAGGUCAGAAAUGGCUUCUGCUAUGAGGGUCCGUACAGGGAACAUGUCACGUGUCAAAGUUGUUGAUUUAAAACUGUCAGACUUAUUUAGUUUAUACUUCUGAACUGUCAAGUUAACAGCAUGGCAGUUCUCAAAGAUGUUGCUCUGAAAUGGAUGUUUAAUUUGUGCUUAUUUGUAUUCAUGUUUUAUGUGCUGUUUAUUUACAUAUGUGUAUGUUAAUUAUGUAAUCUUCUAGCAAUCUGGAUUUUGAAGUGUUUGUAGGGAAAUUUGCACUGUAUUUUAGGAAUGAAGGAUGCCACAGACAAAUAGUUGGCAUCAUUCUGUAUAGAGGGUUUUAAGGAAAUAAAGAAUGUACAUGCCA